AUUCCAUCAAACCUCGUACCGCGCUAACCAUCAAUUUCAACCCAAAGAAAGAAAAAAAAAACCCUAAAACCUGAAACCCUCCAUUCCCAAUUCCCAGGGUUGCUUGUUCUUGUUCUUGUUCCUGUUCAACCCUCAAACCCUGCCUUUCCUCACAGGUUGUUGUUGCAUUGUGAUCAUCACACAUGACGUGUCACUCCUCUAUUGGCACGCGUCACGUGACAAAACCCCCCUUCCCGGUUUGUCCCCAUAACCCAAUCCACAUGACCCAACCCACACACACCAUACAUCAACAUUCAACCACAACACUACACUACUCUCCCACCGAACUAAUGUUCUUCUUCUUCCUCGUCCAAUUCCAACACCAACUACAUUAGUAAGUAACGAAUUAACAACAGAGAGAGAUAGAGAUAGAGAUAGAAUAAUAAUAAUAAUAUUAAUAAUAAUAAUAAUAAUGAAUAACGGCGUUAGUCAAGAAUCCGGUGUGCUCCUCGAUUUGGCAUCCCACGUGAACCGCUUCGCCUUCGAUUCCUUCCGUUCCGACUACAACAACAGCAACACCCUUCUCUCCAAUUUCUCGCAAUUCAACAACACAAGAACCGGAGAAGCGGCAGUCAAACGCAGCGUUUCGCUGGGGCUGAAGGUUGGGGGAGCGAGUGUGCGGUUUAGGAACAUUCUCAAUGACUUCAACAGAGCCGUUAGGUUUCACUGCGAGAAGAUCCCGAUUGGGUUCGCCUCGCUUCGCGUCGGUGACGGUGACGGUGACGGUAACGGUGCUGAUGGUAACGGGAAUGGUGUUAGAGUGGAUGAGUGUAGCGGUGUGGAGAAUGAAGGGUUUAGAGGGAAUGGCGUGGAGGGUGAGAAACCUAAAAAAGUUUUGAUUUUGAUGAGUGACACUGGUGGGGGGCAUAGAGCUUCUGCUGAAGCUAUCAAAGCUGCUUUCUAUCAAGAAUUUGGAGAUGAUUAUCAGGUUUUCGUUACUGAUUUGUGGGCUGAUCACACACCUUGGCCAUUCAACCAACUUCCCAGGAGCUAUAGCUUUUUGGUGAAACAUGGGCCAUUGUGGAAGAUGACCUACUAUGGAACUGCCCCGCGUGUAGUGCAUCAGUCUAAUUUUGCUGCAACUGGAACUUUCAUAGCUCGCGAGGUUGCUAAAGGCCUAAUGAAAUAUCAGCCAGAUAUAAUAAUCAGUGUGCAUCCACUGAUGCAGCACGUUCCACUUCGAAUUUUGAGGUCUAAGGGUCUUUUAAAGAAGAUUGUUUUUACUACUGUUAUUACAGAUUUAAGCACAUGCCAUCCAACAUGGUUUCAUAAGCUUGUAACUAGAUGCUAUUGUCCUACAACAGAUGUUGCGCAAAGGGCAUUGAAAGCCGGACUGCAGCAAUCCCAAAUAAAGAUUUUUGGUCUACCUGUCCGACCUUCCUUUGUUAAGCCUGUCCGGCCAAAGGAUGAACUAAGGAGAGAAUUAGGGAUGGAUGAGGAUCUUCCUGCUGUAUUAUUGAUGGGGGGAGGUGAAGGUAUGGGGCCCAUUGAGGCUACUGCUCGGGCACUUGGAGAUUCAUUAUACGACGAGAAUAUUGGGGCUCCUGUAGGUCAGAUCCUUGUGAUCUGUGGUCGUAAUAAGAAACUUGCUAACAAACUAAGUUCUAUUAGUUGGAAGGUUCCUGUGCAGGUCAAAGGAUUUGUUACCAAAAUGGAGGAAUGCAUGGGAGCUUGUGAUUGCAUAAUUACAAAGGCAGGCCCAGGGACGAUUGCAGAGGCCCAGAUCCGAGGCCUCCCUAUUAUUCUGAAUGAUUACAUUGCUGGGCAGGAAGCUGGCAAUGUCCCCUAUGUAGUUGAAAAUGGAUGUGGGAAGUUUUCAAAAUCCCCCAAGGAGAUAGCGAAAAUCGUAGCCGAGUGGUUUGGUCCAAAAGCUUACGAGCUACAACAAAUGUCACAAAAUGCAUUGAGGCUAGCAAGGCCAGAUGCUGUGUUCAAGAUUGUACAUGACCUUCACGAGCUUGUUAGACAAAGAAGCUACCUACCAGAGUAUUCUUGUACAACUUAAACUGACACACGAGACUGAGGGUUUUUUUUGCAACACUGUUUCUGAGGAAAAAUAUGUACAAGGCAGCGAUGAUGAUGUAUCACUAGACAAAAAAAAUUCAGUGUAUUUUCUUCCAUCAUUUUUCAGAUGCUCAUUUGAAAAUUCUAAAUAGAUAUAUAGUUUUGAAGGUUUCUUGAUUA